AUGUCUGAACUCCUACAAAGCAUUGUCUCUAUCAUUGAGCUUUACUACCAAUACGCUGCCCAAGACAGAGACAGUGACAAGCUGAACAAAGCAGAGCUGAAAGAACUUUUGGAAAAUGAGUUUCAUCAAAUUCUGAAGAAUCCAGAUGAUCCAGACACUGUAGAUGUCAUCAUGCAAAGCCUGGAUCAAGAUCAUAAUAAGAAAGUGGAUUUUAAUGAGUAUCUUUUGAUGGUAUUCAAGCUGGCUCAGGCUUGUAAUAAAAUCAUCGGCAAAGAUCACUGCCAAGCUUCAGGUCGUCUAGUCAUGAAAGACAUGAGUCUGGAUCAGGUUAUUCUACUAGCUGUGACCAACGAGGAUCCAAUUCAGGUCAGUCUUCUAGCAAUGGUCAACAUAGAUCUAGCUCAGGUCAAUCUUCUAGUCGUACUAGACAUGGGUCUGGCUCAGGUCAUUCUUCUAGCUGUGGCCAACGAGGAUCCAGCUCAGGUCAGUCUUCUAGCUAUGGUCAGCAAAAAUCUGGCUUAUGUCAGUCUUCUAGUCACAGUAGACAUGAGUCUGGCUCAGGUCAUUCUUCCUCUCAUAGUCAACAUGGUUCUGGUUCUGGACAGUCAGCUACCAGUGGUCAACAUGUAUCUAGCUCAAAUCAGUCUUCUAGGCAUAGUCAACAUGGGUCAAACUCAGCUCAGUCUUCCAGUCAUGAUAGACAUGAGUCUGGCUCAGGUCAUUCGUCUAGCUGUGACCAACGAGGAUCCAGCUCAGGUCAGUCUUCCAGCAGUGCUCAAUAUAGAUCUAGCUCAGGUCAGUCUUCUAGUCAUACUAGACAUGGGUCUGGCUCAGGUAUUUCUUCCAGUCAUAGCCAACAUGGGUCUGGUUCAGGAGAGUCAUCUACUUGUGGCAAACAAGGAUCUACAUCAGGUGUGUCUUCUAGCAAUGGAAAACACGAGUCUGGCUCAAGUCAUUCUUCCAGCCAUAGUCAACAUAGGUCUGGAUCACGACAGUCAUCUAGCUGUGGUCAACAAGGAUCCAGCUCAGGGCAGUCUUCAAGCUAUGUCAGCUACCAGUGGUCAACAGUCUUCUAGGCAUGGUGAACAUGGGUCAAGCUCAGGUCAGUCUUCUAGUCGUACUAGACAUGGGUCUGGCUCAAGUACUUCUUCCAGGCAUAGUCAACAUGGGUCUGGUCCAGGAGAGUCAUCUACUUGUGGCAAACAAGGAUCUAGAUCAGGUGUGUCUUCUAGAAAUGGAAAACACGAGUCUGGCUCAAGUCAUUCUUCCAGUCAUAGUCAACAUAGGUCUGGGUCACGACAGGCAUCUAGCUGUGGUCAACAAGGAUCCAUUUCAGGUCAGUCUUCUAGCUAUGGACAGCAGGAAUCUGGCUUAGGUCAGUCUUCUGGUCAUAGUAGACAUGAGUCUGGCUCAAGUCAUUCUUCCAGUCAUAGUCAACAUGGUUCUAGAUCAGGACAGUCAUCUACCAGUGGUCAACAUGGGUCUAGCUCAGGUAUUUCUUCCAGUCAUAACCAACAUGGGUCUGGUUCAGGAGAGUCAUCUACUUGUGGAAAACAAGGAUCUAGAUCAGGUGUGUCUUCUAGCAAUGGAAAACAUGAGUCUGGCUCAAGUCAUUCUUCCAGCCAUAGUCAACAUAAGUCUGGAACACGACAGUCAUCUAGCUGUGGUCAACAAGGAUCCAGCUCAGGUCAGUCUUCUAGCUAUGGUCAGCAGGAAUCUGGCUUAGGCAGGCAUGGUCAACAUGGGUCAAGCUCAGGUCAGUCUUCUAGUCAUGAGAAACAUGAGUCUGGCUCAGGUCAUUCUUCUAGCUGUGUCCAACAAGGAUCCAGCUCAGGUCAGUCUCCUAGCAAUGGUCAACAUAGAUCUAGCUCAGGUCAGUCUUCUAAUCGUACUAGACAUGGGUCUGGCUCAGGUAUUUCUUCUAGUCAUAGCCAACAUGGGUCUGGUUCAGGAGAGUCAUCUACUUGUGGCAAAAAAGGAUCUAGCUCAGGACAGUCAGCUACCAGUGGUCAACAUGGAUCUAGCACAGGUCAGUCUUCUAGGCAUGGUCAACAUGGGUCAAGCUCAGGUCAGUCUUCUGGUCAUGAUAGACAUGAGUCUUACUCAGGUCAUUCGUCUAGCUGUGGCCAACGAGGAUCCAGCUCAGGUCAGUCUUCCAGCAAUGGUCAACAUAGAUCUAGCUCAGGUCAGUCUUCUAGUCGUACUAGACAUGGGUCUGGCUCAGGUAUUUCUUCCAGUAAUAGCCAACAUGGGUCUGGUUCAGAAGAGUCAUCUACUUGUGGCAAACGAGGAUCUAGAUCAGGUGUGUCUCCUAGCAUUGGAAAACAUGAGUCUGGCUCAAGUCAUUCUUCCAGCCAUAGUCAGUAUAGGUCUGGAUCACGACAGUCAUCUAGCUGUGGUCAACCAGGAUCCAGCUCAGCUGUGGCCAACGAGGAUCCAGCUCAGGUCAGUCCUCCAACAAUGCUCACCAUAGAUCUAGCUCAGGUCAGUCUUCUAGUCAUAGUAGACAUGGGUCUGGCUCAGGUAUUUCUUCCAGUCAUAGUUACCAUGGUUCUGGAUCAGGACAGUCGUCUACCAGUGGUCAACAUGGGUCUAGCUCAGGUACGUCUUCUAGGCAUGGUCAACAUGAGUCAAGCUCAGGUCAGUCUUCUAGUCAUGAGAGACAUGAGUCUGUUUCAGGUCAUUCAUGUAGAGGUGGCCAACGAGGAUCCAGCUCAGGCCAGUCUUCCAGCAAUGGUCAACAUACAUCUAGCUCAGGUCAGUCUUCUAGUCGAACUACACAUGGGUGUGGCUCAGGUAUUUCUUCCAGUCAUAGCCAACAUAGGUCUGGUUCAGGAGAGUCAUCUACUUGUGGCAAAAAAGGAUCUAGUUCAGGUGUGUCUUCUAGCAGUGGAAAACACGAGUCUGGCUCAAGUCAUUCUUCCAGCCAUAGUCAACACAGGCCUGGAUCACGUCAGUCAUCUAGCUGUGGUCAACAAGGAUCCAGCUCAGGUCAAUCUUCCAGCUAUGGACACUCUGCUACCAGUGGUCAACAUGGAUCUAGCACAGGUCAGUCUUCCAGUCAUGAUAGACAUGAGUCUGGCUCAGGUCAUUCGUCUAGCUGUGACCAACGAGGAUCCAGCUCAAGUCACUCUUCUAGCAAUAGUCAUCAUAGAUCUAGCUCAGGUCAGUCUUCUAGUCAUACUAGACAUGGGUCUGGCUCAGGUAUGUCUUCCAGUCAUAGUCAACAUGGUUCUGGAUCAGGACAGUCAUCUACCAGUGGUCAACAUGGGUCUAGCUCAGGUCAGUCUUCUAGUCAUGAGAGACAGGAGUCCGGUUCAGGUCAUUCAUGUAGCUGUGGCCAACGAGGAUCCAGCUCAGUUCAGUCUUCCAGCAAUGGUCAACAUACAUCUAGCUCAGGUCAGUCUUCUAGUCGUACUAGACAUGGGUCUGGCUCAGGUAUUUCUUCCAGUCAUAGCCAACAUGGGUCUGGUUCAGGAGAGUCAUCUAACUGUGGCCAACAAGGAUCUAGCUCAAGUCAGUCUUCUAGAUAUGGACAACACAAAUCUGGUUUUGGUCAUUCUUCUAGCCAUAUGCAAAGUGAGUCUGGAUCAGCAUGAGUCUAGUUCAGGUCAGUGUUCUAAUGAAGGACAAUCAGGAAGUAGUUCUGAAAAAGUAGAAAGUUCCUCGGGUUGUGGCUUUGGACAAUGUACACCCUACUAUGGACAGUCUACAUCUAGUACUACCAAUAAAUUAUCCGUUAGCAAUGAGGUAUAUGGACAAGGGGGCAAUUAUUAUCUGAUAGGAGAUAGCUAUGGAAAAGAUAGUCAGUCUUCUAAGCAUGGCCAUCAUGGGUCACUCUCAGGCCAGUCUUCGAGUCAUGACAGACAUGAGUCUGAUUCAGGUCAUUCUUCUAGCUGUGGCCAACGAGGAUCCUGCUCAGGUCAGUCUUCUAGCUAUGGUCAGCAAGAAUCUGGGUUAGGUCAGUCUUCUGGUCACAGUAGACAUGAGUCUGGAUCCGGUUAUUCUUCCAGUCAUAUUCAUCAUGGUUCUGGUUCAGGACAGUCAUCUACCAGUGGUCAACAUGGAUCUAGCUCAGGUCAGUCUUCUAACAAUGGUAGAUAUGGCUCAAACUCAGGUCAGUCUUCUAGUCAUGAGAAACAUGAGUCCGGCUCAGGUAAUUCUUCUAGCUGUGGCCAACAAGGAUCCAGCUCAGGUCAGCCUUCUAGUCGUACUAGACAUGGGUCUGGCUCAUGUAUUUCUUCCAGUCAUAGCCAACAUAGGUCUGGUUCAGGAGAGUCAUCGACUUGUGGAAAACAAAGAUCUAACUCAGGUUUUUCUUCUAGCAAUGGAAAACAAGAGUCUGGCUCAACUCAUUCUUCCAGCCAUAGUCAACAAAGGUCUGGGUCACGACAGUCAUCUAGCUGUGGUCAACAAGGAUCCAGCUCAGUCAUAGUCAACAUGGUUCUGUUUCAGGACAGUCAGCUACUAGUGGUCAACAUGGAUCUACCUCAGGUCAGUCUUCUAGGCAUGGUCAUCAUGGGUCAAGCUCAGGUCAGUCUUCUAGUCAUGACAGACAUGAGUCUGGUUCAGGUCAUUCAUCUAGCUGUGGCCAACGAGGAUCCAGCUCAGGACAGUCAGCUAUCAGUGGUCAACAUGGAUCUAGCUCAGGUCAGUCUUCUAGCAAUAGUCGAUAUGGCUCAAGCUCAGGUCAGUCUUCUAGUCAUGAGAAACAUGAGUCUGGCUCAGGUCAUUCUUCUAGCUGUGGCCAACAAGGAUCCAGCUCAGGACAGUCAGCUACCAGUGGUCAACAUGGAUCUAGCUCAGGUCAGUCUUCUAGGCCUGAGAGACAUGAGUCUGGCUCAGGUCAUUCUUCGAGCUGUCGCCAACAAGGAUCCAGCUCAGGUCAGUCUUCUACCAAUGGUCAAUAUAGAUCUAGCUCUGGUCAGUCUUCUAGUCAUAUUAGACGUGGGUCUGGCUCAGGCAUUUCUUCCAGUCAUAGCCAACAGGGUUCUGGUUCAGGAGAGUCAUCAACUUGUGGCAAACAAGGAACUAGCUCAGGUGUAUCUUCUAGCAAUGGAAAACACGAGUCUGGCACAAGUCAUUCUUCCAGCCAUAGUCAACAUAGGUCUGGGUCACGACAGUCAUCUAGCUGUGGUCAACAAGGAUCCAGCUCAGUCAUCUAGCUGUGGUCAACAAGGAUCCAGCUCAGGUCAGUCUUCCAGCUAUGGUCAGCAAGAAUCUGGCUUAGGUCAGUCUUCUGGUCAGAGUAAACAUAAGUCUGGCUCAGGUCAUUCUUCCAGUCAUAGUCAACAUGGUUCUGGUUCAGGACAGUCAGCUACCAGUGGUCAACAUGGAUCUAGCUCAGGUCAGUCUUCUAAGCAUGGUCAACAUGGGUCAAGCUCAGGUCAGUCUUCUAGUCAUGAGAGAUAUGAGUCUGGCUCAGGUCAUUCUUCUAGCUGUGGCAAACGAGCAUCCAGCUCAGGUCAGUUUUCUAGCUAUGGUCAGCAAGAAUCUGGCUUAGGUCAGUCUUCUGGUCAUAGUAGACAUGAGUCUGGCUCAAGUCAUUCUUCCAGUCAUAGUCAUCAUGGUUCUGGUUCAGGACAGUCAGAUACCAGUGGUCAACAUGGAUCUAGCUCAGGUCAGUCUUCUAGGCAUGGUCAACAUGUCUCAAGCUCAGGUCAGUCUUCUAGUCAUGAGAGACAUGAGUCUGGCUCAGGUCAUUCUUCGAGCUGUGGCCAACGAGGAUCCAGCUCAGGUCAGUCUACUACCAAUGGUCAACAAGAAUCUGGCUUAGGACUUUUGUUUAAGAUCAAAAAGUCCAUUUCUCAAGAACUCUUCCCCAAACCCUGCCUUCUGCAAGACAUGAAGAGGCUAAAAGCUCACUCCCUGACCAUUGCCAUGAAGAAACAAAUUUGA